AUGUCGGAUCUUGACCAAGUACCUCAACAGAUCUACGGUCUCGAUCGGUGCGCUUCUAGGGUUCCCGGAAAUGCGGUAUAUAAAUCUGUGGCGUCCUACGAUCAAAUGCUCGCAUUUCUAGUCAAAAUCCGGAUCACGCUCGCAAAACCCUCUCUCGACAACAUGAACUACAUUCUCGCCAACCAAGAACCACUCCACGAGGUCCGACUUGCCAUGAAACGCCUCUCCGAAAACUUCACCCGGGCGGCACUUGCUUGCGACGACGCAAAGAGGUGCACCGAAGAGGUUGCGCGCAGGUUCCAACAAGCCUGGGACCUUGUUGAUGUCAAAGCCAAUGCUACUGCGAAUCAGUCAAGGUAUGUCAACAACAUUUCUCAAGAAAUAGCAGAAGUAUGGCGAACUCACACCAGCGCCCCCAACAAGCACUGGAAAAUAGUCUUCGCUUCUCUUGUAUACGAGCUCAAGGUAGCUAUCGAAAAUCGUCAGCGGAUGCGCUGGGGUUCGGAACAUGCUGAGAAGAGAGCAGAGCAAUGGGAAGCUCGGUAUAUUCUAGCGGUCGACAAAUGGCGCAACACCUAUCAAGACGGCUUGCACUUGGAAGAAGCAUUCACAGCCCUCCGGACAGAAUUCUUGGCUGGGCAGUCGCUAGCGGAGAUCUUUAUGCGAGAGACACGAGAAAUUGGAGAUUGGAUCAGUGUUGGUUCGGAGAGCGAGAGAGUCUGGAGGAUCGAUCAGGCUCUGAUACGGGAAGAAGAGAGGGAUACCAAAAAUUACGGUGUCAUGUCUCGGUUUCAGAAGUAG